CUCCCUCCUCCAUCCCUUCCCCGUCCCUCGCCUCGCCCGCAUCGGCCCAUGUCUCUCUCCUCCGCCGGCCACCACCCCCUCCCGACCCGACCAACCCCGAACCCCACUUCCGAUUAGAUGCAACACCACCACCACCUCCCCACCGCCGCCGCCUCCGCGCCGGAGCCGGCGGCGGACACCCCGCCCCCGCCGGUCCCCGAUCCCUCCUCCCUCCGCAUCCACAUCCCGUCGAGCCCGCACCACGCGCUGCCCUCCACCCCGCACAAGCGCCCCGUCGUCAUGACCUCCUCCUCCUCCUCGUCCACCCCCACUCGCCCCUCGCCGUCGCCCUUCACCCCGCCGCGGAGGCGCAAGGUCCCCGCGCCCGCGCCCCCCGCGGGGGAGGCCGCGGCCAGGCACCUCCUCCGCUGCCUGCACCUCCGCCUGCGCAUCCUCCUCCUCAUCUCGCUCCCCACCCUCUACUUCCUCUCCCCGACCCCCGCCAUCCUCCCGCGCUCCCUCCUCGCCGACUUCCUCUCCGCCGCGGCCUUCUCCUGCGCGCUACUCCUCCUCCUCUGCCUCUCCCUGCCCCGCCUACCCUUCGCGCUGCCGCUCCCGCUCCGCCGCGCGCGCCGAUCCCCGAUCCUCUGGUCCAUCGGCUCCUCGCCCUCCGCGUCGGCGACCUCCCCUACCACCGGCCAUUUCGUCCAGGUGUACAGCAACGGCGACGUCUACGAGGGCCAGUUCCACCGCGGCCGCUGCACGGGCAGCGGCGUCUACUACUACUACAUGAGCGGGAGGUACGAGGGGGACUGGGUCGACGGCAAGUACGACGGCUUUGGCGUCGAGACCUGGGCUAGGGGGAGCCGGUACAGGGGCCAGUACCGCAAGGGGCUCAGGCAUGGCUACGGUGUCUACAGGUUCUACACCGGGGAUGUGUAUGCAGGGGAGUGGUCCAACGGCCAGAGCCAUGGGUAUGGCGUGCACACCUGUGAGGAUGGCAGCCGGUACAUGGGAGAGUUCAAGAGGGGUGUCAAGCAUGGCCUCGGCCACUACCAUUUCAGGAAUGGUGACACCUACGCUGGAGAGUACUUUGCUGAUAGGAUGCAUGGCUUUGGAGUCUACAGUUUUGCCAAUGGCCAUAGAUAUGAGGGAGCAUGGCAUGAGGGCAGAAGACAGGGUUUAGGCAUGUACAGUUUCAGGAAUGGAGAGACGCAAGCUGGGCACUGGCAAAAUGGAGUUCUCGAUACGUUAAGCACUCAGAACUUUAUCCCUGGAUCGCCUAUUGCUGUGAACCAUUCCAAGGUCCUCAACGCAGUGCAGGAAGCGAGAAGAGCUGCAGAGAAGGCCUAUGACAUCCCAAGAGUAGAUGAUAAGGUGAACAGGGCUGUUGCAGCAGCUAAUAAAGCAGCCAACGCAGCCAGGGUGGCUGCUGUGAAGGCUGCACAAAAGCGCAUCCCCAAUAACGGCGAUGAUCUACCACUGUCAGUAGUGUGACAAUGAUGCCAACACAAGGUUGGCAUGAAGCUGCUUCGCGAUGCCAUCGCAUCACCAAAUGCCCGACAAAACCUCUGGCUUCCUGGUAGGGGAUGCCGCUGCUCAAUCAUCGGGCCAUGGCGGCAUUUGAGUGACUGCCCGCUGAUUUCAGCUUUGAGAGCAGACCAAGUUUGCUGCCACCCCUUACAUACAUCUUUGUGGUGACUUUUGCGACGUAGCAGAACUCCUGCUCGGAGAACUUUCCAUUGUCGAAGGCAACUGGUUGAGGUCAGUAUUAGGUCCCCCCUGCUUUUUCUUCAGUGUAAUACUCACCCUAUGUUAGAGAUAUGAUGAUGUACACCCCAACAUCUGGAGACAAAACAUGUUUCUUGUCUCUCUUCAAGCAUGUACAGAACCUACAUGUUUCGUGGUUGCCGGCCGUGCUGGUUGGAGAUACCUUCAGCCCUUCACGUUCCGCCCGCCACUGGUUGUACUUUGUACCAGAACGCAUAAAGAUAUGACGAUCAUGAGUGCCUCCUGUCGUUUUGGUGGUUGAUGUUACUGUAAAUUCAAA